GGAUUGUAUUUUAAUAAGCAGUAGAAGUAUUAAUAUACAGAAAUGUGUUAUCACAAAGUUUUGGGGGGAAGAGCAAUAGUUUAUAUAGAUUUCGUGCAAGUCUGUCACCCCUCUGUGCUGGAAUGUGAUGGUAUGGAGGGAUCUCGGGAGGCAAGGAAUGUAGAGGAUGAUCUCUUCCAGAUACAAUGAAAUAGGUUCAGAUAACCUUACUGUGAUAGAUGCAAGUUUAAUAACGGCUCAAAAUUUACUGGCUUCGGCAGUUGCUUUAUAGGUCUGUUGAUACUGGUGCAUGCCUCUCUGCCUACCUUGGCCACGGUCCGACCCUUCAACUGUCCGCGGUGUCUAUUAUUCUGGGCUAUAUGGAAACUCCCAACAGCAGAACUCUCAUUAUAUGCUGUCAUCUCUAAAAAGAACAUGCACAGCACAUCAGACACCAGCUGAUUCGAAUGCGGAACCGGAGUUGUUUAAUCACUCUAGCAGCCAUAUAAAUGUAGAGUAUAAAGUCCGUUAUAGGCCCUCUUGCAAUAUAACCUGUUUUCUGUUGGCUGCAGCGGAACGCUUCCGCCAGACUGUUGCCCGCGUUAGCCUGUAUGCACGCUGUUUCCCCAGAAUUUCAGCGCCCCCAAAACUGCCGGGGCGGCGUCUGCCCCGCGUCCGCUGUGGUGGCUGUUCCACCGAAAACCUCGGUUAGUGGUCCACUGCGGAAUACCAUUAGCACGAGCGGAAGUCGGCGCGACCAGUUUGCUAGUCAGGGAGUAAGGUCCGCGGAAUAAAAGGGCGUUGGGAUCGCAUGACUUUUUGACCAGCCAGCCAAGAGACACUGAGUGAAACAUAUCACUCUCAUAUAUAGGAAAAGCAAGCAUUAUGGCUCCCAACACCACGCCUAAGCCAGCGACUGCUGAUACGGGCUUCAUCUUUCGCAUGUCGGAGAGGCAAGACCCGUUGGAAUCAGACCCGUACUUUGGCCGUUUACUUCGAGCAUAUCUGCCUAGCGACAUUCAUGCCGCUGUCCAGCCAGAGGUUGCCAGGGUCGCGCAGGAAUCGAUAUCGGAAAAGAUUCUGACAUGGGGCGCUAAUGCAGAGAGCCAGCAGCCAUAUGUCAAGACGCACAACGUAUGGGGUGCCAGACAUGACACUGAUAAGCUGAUCACCAGCGAGGGAUGGAAGGAGUUGCGCGCUUGGGGUGCUCGUAACGGUGUUGUUGCUCUUGCAUAUGAAUCAAAUUUUCGAGAGUAUAAGAGACUUGUGCAGCAUGCGACAAACUACUUUACAUCAACGGCAUCAGGACUCACAAAUUGCCCACUCUCAAUGACCGACGGCGCUGCAAAGCUCAUCGGACAGAUCCUCCCCACACUGCCAUCCUGCCACCCGUUUCAUGAUGUCUAUAAGCGCCUUACGGCCCGAGAAGACGGAUGGACCUCUGGUCAAUGGAUGACAGAGCGUCCCGGUGGCAGCGAUGUGCAAAACACAGAAACCUGGGCCAAGUAUUCCCCUUUGACUGAGAAGCAGGGCAACUGCGGUCGCAUCGACCAGGGUGACUAUCUUGUGUCUGGCUUCAAGUUCUUUUCAUCGGCCACCGAUGCCAAUGUAACCGUCCUGCUGGCCAAGACGGAAAGCGGCAAGCUCAGUGCAUUCGUGGCUCCCUUGACCAAAACCAUCGUGGAUCAAGAUGGCCAAGAAAAGGUGGUUACCAACGGUGUUCGAAUCCACCGUCUCAAGCAGAAGCUUGGCACCAAACAGCUGCCAACCGCAGAGCUUGAGCUCAAAGAGAUGCGAGCACACCUCAUCGGCCCACUGGACCGCGGCGUCAAGACUAUUGCUGAUAUUCUCAACAUCACCAGAGUGCACGCCAUGAUGGGCUCUGCGUCUGGAUGGCGUCGCUGUGUCGGCAUUUCAAAGGCCUUUGCCAAGGCUCGCAUGAGCUGGGGCGUGCCGCUCUGGCUGCUGCCUCUGCACCUGCGAACACUGGCAGAGAUGGAGCUCAAGCUGCGUGCGUGCUUGCAAGUCGGCUUCUUCACCGUUGCUCUGAUGAGUUAUACAGAGAAUGGGUUCCCCUCUGCGGGGGAAACCACACACAAGAUCCCUUUCCCACAGGCUGGCGAGGAAGCGACUGUUGUGCUGCGAACUAUGACGGCGCUGGGCAAGGCGGUGGUUUGCAAGAAUGCUACACUCGGUAUCCAGGAGUGCAUGGAGGCUCUCGGCGGCGUCGGAUACAUGGAUGAGCCCGAGGAACCUGAGAAUGUCGCGAGAGCGCUGCGAGAUAUUGCAGUCAACUCCAUCUGGGAGGGCACCACUAACGUGCUCAGCAGCGAAAUGGUGGGCAACCUGCAGCGCGGCAACCGCUGCGAGAUCUUCCGCGGAUGGCUCGACCAUGCUCUAGCCUCUGUCAAGAAUGCUACCAUGCGAGGCAUUCUUCAGGCUUCAUGGGAGCGUGUCUAUGCCAGUCUGCAGGCUUCGCCUAUGGAUACACUGGGCAACGGGCGACGCAUCAUGUUUAGUCUGGCGUGGACGGUGAUGGGCAUGUUGCUGGCCCUCGAUGCUGAGCGAGAUAACGAUGCUAUUGCUGUCGAGCUUGCACAACGCUGGAUCUUGGAUGGUGACGGAGGCGUCGGUGAUUGGCUUCUUCAUGGUGUAGGAGCAAAGGACUCGGCUCGCCGUCCUGAUGACCAGAUUGAAGGUCAGGAUCGGGCUAAGUGGGAUUGUCGCAUUGUAUGGGGCGUCGAGAUGCCUGACUUGGCGUCUGUUGGAUCUAAAAUGCUGGCCAAGUCGAAGAUGUAGAAAUAUCGCCGAGCGAAUCUGGCUGUUCUUAAAUACAUUGCUUUCUGAGAGCCUCGCUCUCGUACUGU